AGUUGUGUGUGUGUAUAUAAUAACCAUACACUCAGAAAAAAGGGUGAGUGUGGCAACUGAGCCGGCGGUUUCCGUCUCCAUUUGCACAUAUUCCGACAACCACUUCUCUUCUUCUUCUUCUUCACGCUUCGAAACUGUUUGUGUUCUUGGAUCAUAUCCAUUUCAAUCGCCACUUUUGAUUACUGUACAAGAGGAAGAGUAGUUGUUUCAUUUGAUUUCAUUCAGUUCCUUGCAUAUUUGAUCAUCUACUCGGCAAAUGAACUACAACAAUAAUGACAACACUGAAAUGUGGGAUUGGCAAGGUGAAGAUUAUGGUUUGCAAGCAAAUGCUCCAAAUAGCCUAUGGAGCAAUUUGAACGAUAAUCAAGAUGAUCUUUCUUACGUAUUUAAUGAAACAACCCCAGCAAAGUCCUUUGGGGAUCUGGCUUAUCAAGUUACCGACAAUGAAAACUUUAACAAGGGAACAGGGCCAUGUAGAGAAGCUUAUUCACAAGCAAAAAGGCGUCGGAUGCUGCAUUUUGACGAUAAAGUUUUGGAUGUAGACGUUAUGCCGCUUUGUGAUGAGGACUUCUCAUCCAUAUAUUUAAAAUCCAAGGAAAGGGAAGCUUCAUUGGAUGGAGCUUUAUCUGAUAUGACUCAAUGGGUCGCUGGAUUUGCAGAUGAUACAUCUGCAUCUGGAUCUGGUUACGAGGGUCUAGAUCAAUCUUCAGAGGGCUGGCUGGCCGAUUGUCUAAUAAAUGAUACAGAGAUGCAAUUAAGCCCUUAUGAUGUUAAUCCAUCUGGAACCGUUGCUGUUCAGAUUGAUCUUACAGAGUUGAAGGAUGCCCAACCCAAGAAUGGAGGUAGUAUUGGUCAAGAGCAAUCGACUCCUCAUCAAAAUAUCAUCUUUAAAGGGAAAAAGUCUUUGAUUAAGACUCCAACAAAGAUGACUUCAUCGGUUGUCCUUCCCUUUGCCUUCGUAAAACCAUGUGGCAUGCAAGGAGUGGUUACCCUCAAAGACAUAAACCAAAAGAUACUCACUCCACCACCAUCAAAAUCAAAGAAAACCCAUCAAGACAACACAACUUUGUACCCUACUUCCGCUUUCUCAGGCAAGCCCGUUGUCGGGAAAACCAAGAUUCGUACCGAAGGAGGGAAAGGCAGCAUUACAAUUAUGAGAACCAAAGGAUGACCAAGUAAGUGCUUCUUGUUCCUUUAGAAUUUAACAUUUUUGUGGGUAAUUGCUCCAUUUUUUCAUGGAGCUACCAUUUGGCCAAUCCAUAUAGAACUUGUUAGUUAAAAAAGGGAAAAAAGAAAAAGAUAGAAAAAAGGGUAAAAAGAAGGAUUUGUUAGCCAUAAUGGAGUUAUCAAAUUAUUUGAAGUGUCUGUGUCUUCUUGGAGUGGUUUUAGGUGGUAGAUUCUUGUUGUCUUAUGAUCCUUGAGUUGACUGAAUCUAUUAGGAUCUUUUUGUUCUAGAGAUCCUUCUACCAUCCUUUUGUCUUCAGGAAAAACUUUAAUAUCUCUUUCAAUUGUUAAAAUUAUGUGUUCUUAUUUGUACGUUAACGUUUGU